GCAGCUGCGCGCAUCACGGCUCGUGGCCAGGAGAGCCUGGCGGACCCGUCCCCGGGCCUCAUCCUCCCUCUUCCUCCGCAGGGAGACCGGGCGCCCCUUCUCAGCCGGUUGCUGAGAUCGCAGCUGCAGAGACUUGUCCGGCGCGCAGGCUGCCCGGAGGGAUGAAGCUGGCGGCGUUUUGACAAGACUUUCCUCUCCGUCUCCGCGCGCGCCCAAGACAGCUCAGCACCGGCGGAACUGGGUGCCGUGGCCUGGACGCGUCGCUUGGUGAGCGAGCUGGAGGAGCAGGCGGGAGCCGCGCGGCGCGAGCCAUGGCUGAGGGGAUGCCAGUUCCCCGCGGCGGAGACGUCUGGGAAAUCGACGUGGAGAGCCUGGAAGACGCGGACGGGUUGGAGCCGCCGCCACCGCCUCGCCCUCGACUGGAGGCUGUCGAAGACGACGACGCUGACGAAGAAGAGGAGGAAGAGGAGGAUGGCGACGAGGACGACGACGACCGCGAGGAAGACGACGGAGCGGGCGGGCGCCGCGUUCUUCUGCCUCCGCCGCCUCCCCCGCAGCCGCCCGUCGAGGCGGCGCUUUCCGGGGAGCCGCCUGCGCGCAAGCUGAGCCGGACGCCCAAGUGCGCGCGCUGCCGCAACCACGGCGUGGUGUCUUGUCUCAAGGGCCACAAGCGCUUCUGCCGCUGGCGGGACUGCCAGUGCGCCAACUGCCUGCUGGUGGUGGAGAGGCAGCGCGUCAUGGCCGCGCAAGUGGCGCUGCGCCGGCAGCAGGCCACCGAGGAUAAGAAGGGGCUUACAGGGAAACAGGCCAACUUUGAGCGCAAGGCAGUCUAUCAGAGGCAAGUCCGGACCCCCAGUUUGCUGGCAAAAAGCAUCUUAGAAGGUUACCGUCCUAUUCCAGCAGAUCCCUACCUUGGAGGGACUUCAUCCUUGCCACCUCCUGUGAGUGACAGGAUGAGGAAAAGGCGGGCCUUUGCUGAUAAAGAACUGGAGAAUAUCAUGCUUGAGAGGGAGUUCAAAGAAAGAGAAAUGAUGGAAGCGACCCAGGCGGCGGCCUUUUUCCUGCCUAACCGCAUGGUGCACGGGACUGAAUACAACACUUACAAAACUGCCUUUAGCCCUAACCACGUUGAGGCUCCCAGUAAAGAGUUUUGCGGCUUCCUGCCCACUUGCCUGGACCUAACGAUGCAAUAUUCGGGUUCAGGUAACAUGGAACUGAUUUCGUCCAAUGUCAGUGUCGCCACUACGUACCGGCAGUAUCCUUUGCCCUCCAGGUUCCUGGUGUGGCCAAAGUGCGGCCCCCUGAACGAUGCUCUCCUCUACCAGCAGUGCCUGCUCAACGCUACUGCCGUCCAGUCCCUCAAGCCUGGGGCGAUUUGGGAUCCCAAGGCUUCACAAGGUCAGGACUGUCCGAGCUCUGAGCAUGAUUUGAUGUCGUCCAAGAGUGAGCCCUCAUGCCUGCUUCCUCAUGUUAGAGAAAUCCAGCCGCCUCAAAACGAACUCCCAAAUAUCCCUCAGGUGACUUGUGACAGAUCGGCCUUCUCGCCUCCUAAGAGGACUUUCUCUCAGAUCUCUGACAAGGACACGCUGGUACCCCAGGAGCACUUGCUCGGUAAGAUCAGCAAAGAAAGCGGCAAGCACCCCCCGCCACCCCCCGGCAAGUAUAGUCCUUUCCAUUCGCUCUUCCAGCAGACGCUCCACAGCAAAUCGGGGCCGGAGUUAAAAGCAACAUUGGACGAGGCAUCCAAGAAAUACAGAGAGUCGACCGUCAAAGAAAACCAAAAAUACAAACUCACCAUUGACAAAUAUGCAAGAGACUUUUGGGGGACUAAACAAGCCAUGACCAAAUUGUCAACCAAUGAACCCCUGUCGUUUUCAGUCGAAUCGAUUCUUAAACGGCCAUCUUCGAUGGUCACCAAUGUUUCUCAAUAGAGAGAGGGAGAGAGACUACUGUGACAACCAACCGACUGAAGCUAGUGUAUUUGCACUUAAGGUUACAAUCCUAAUCAUAUGUACAAUUUAGUCCCUUUUAAAAUGAGUUGAACUUAUUCCUGUAUAAACAUGUUUGGGAUUUGGUGGCAAGAUGCUUGAUACUCGAGUCCAGGAACAAAUUUGGAAGAAGUUCCACUGAUUUUUGUCAGCCUUUCUUUCCAAGUAAAGGAGCUCAGGAUUAUAACUUUUGUUCUAUGGAUCUCAGCUGACUUCAGCACGGUUAAUAUAAUAUAUUCUUUCUUAAAGAAUUUUGGGGUUGGCUGCUCCCACAGUCUUUAAUGUGAAGAUUACUGCCAUGCCCGUUUGCAAUGUUGAGCCGUUGCUGUAUCUCACCAAAAAUUUGUAUAAAAAAGAAUUUUAGAUGUAAAAGUUGAUUUUAAAGUGUACAUAAAUAUGCAUGUUUUUCAUAUGGAAAUAAAUAUAUUUA